UCGUCGGUGGCAAGCGGAAGUAGUGAUUCCGUGAAGCUUCCCCGGGGCGCUCCAUUUCCGUGAGGAGUAACCUACGCAUCGUCCGGAGACGGAGAGCGAGCAGCCCACGGGAUUCACGCGUAAAUCGCGAUCGCGUACGGGGAACGGAUUUUUACGCACGAGAGAGUCCCGUGAGAGAAUUGUGAGCGCGACGCGGUGCAGCCGCGGGAUCCGCCGACGAGUGGCGCGUCUGUGAGAACGCGUUCCCCUUGGCGAGCGUGACGUAAUUGUAUUGAUCCGCGGCGGUGGAAGGGCCCGAGAGAGUCGCGCAUUCGCCAUCUUGGACGAAUUGGUAAAGAGAAAAGAAGUUUCCGUGCGUCCCCGUAGGCGCGGUGCUCGCCGUCGUCGUAAAGAGGUGCAAUCCGUAGCGAUCCGCACAUUAAUCUAGUUUCACCGGGAGUUAACCCUGUUGUGAAUUGGUAACCCAUUUGGACGGACCAAGACAAAGGGUUCGUUCUUUGGGUCUGAUUGGUACUAAAUGGUUGCGUGCAGACAGCAUGUCUACUCUGUCAGGGAUUGUGUCGAAGGGGGAGAAAGGAAAAUCCAAGUUUCAAUCAUUAGAUAUCAAUAGCUUGUACCGGGUGAGUAGGGGUGAAUCUUUGGAGCCGCAUCAGCAGAAAAAUACAUUACCGCGCAAACAUGGAAUGCAAAGUCUUGGAAAGGUGCCUUCGGCACGGCGUCCUCCGGCUAAUUUGCCCAGUUUAAAAAGUGAAACUAGCAGCAGUGACCCGGCUGUCAGUCUUGUGCCAAGUGGAGGAAGUGGUUGGGCUACUACUAAGGAUUCAACAUCAUCGACCACUACUACUACCACCACAGUAGCAACUUCAUUAGAUAACACUACUACUGUCUCUUCAACAGCACAAUGCGCAGCAGGGACCACUGUGUCAACAUCCCUACACUCUUUACUGCCGACACAACAAAAUGCAUCACAACCUCCUUUUUUGGAUCAGACAAACAACAAAUCAUCAUGGAGUGCAAUUAUGAGCAGAUCAGGAGACGGUACGCCCAUUGUGGCAGCAGUGGUUGGUUACGCGGGGCUCGUGGGGGGCGCGAAAGGGGGAAGAGGUGCCCUUGGACUGAGUUUCCUCGCCCACCAGUCCCCGCAGUUCCAACACGAGUUUCCCAGUCUCAGUGGACAGCCGUCCGCCUCCGUCUCCACUCAGAGCCAGACUCAACAGUCCUCAACAACAUCCAAUGCAAUCUCAGUCGCAGUCCAUCAAUCGUUACUACAGCAACAGCCGUAUUCCCACAACCACUCAGGUGGGACGCCGGGGAACCAACAGCAAUUGAAUCGAGAAUUAAAUGCGCAGUAUGGUCCAGGGCCGAGCCUGCGUCCACAGACCGAAGGAAGUUGGAUUCAAGGUGGAAGUCGUACGCCAGGUGGCGCAGUACCAGUAACAUCAGCUGGUCCCGGAAAUGGGAAUACUCCGGCGGGCCAGGCCCUCCCUUUAAAUAUACCUGUUUCAGGAGGACACACCCAGGAGGGGCCCGGUGGAGGGCGGCAGAACUUGGGCCAAUCGCCCAACAUGGGCGCGGGCCCGGGAGGCCAGCAUAAUUCCGUAAAUAAUCAAGGUUCUGCGCCUUCUUCCGGUCCUCAAAUUGGGCCAAAUCUACAUCACUAUCGAGGUCUUAUUCCUCCAUUUAUGUAUAGAUCAAAUUUUCCUGGUGGAUUUUCUUCGCAAUUUGCACCAAAUUCUGGAUCCAACAACCCCCAACCUAGAUUUAAUCAUCCUUUGGGUCGAUUUCCACCUCCUCUACGUGAGCGCAUAACUGAGGAAGAAAUUCUGACUAGACCCAUCAUCAAAGAGGAAGAUCUUUCGCGUAUGGAUGACAUUUCCCGUGACGCAGGAUGGGCUGCGCACGAUGAUAUUGAUUAUAACCAAAAAUUGGCCUUUAGCGACGACGAAGCUGAAUCAGAAUCACCGAAAAAUGACGAGAAAAAAGAUAUCAAGGAGAAAAAAGGUGAUGAUAAUGUAGACGAGAAGGAGAAACCUCGAGACCGAGACUCGAAGGAACUCCGUGAUCCGCCGCAUCGUCCUUGGACUCAACCUAUGAAUCGUGACUAUCGUGGCUCAAACGGCGCAAGUGGUGCCUACGCCAGUCAAUCGCAAUUGCAUUCUGUACAUUCUUUAAGAGGUGUUGAGGAUGACGAGACAUGGAACGAACGACGUAGAAUUAAAGUAGAGGUAGCAUCCGUUGUCGAGCGUGCACGAUUACGCAAGGAGGAAGAGGAGAAACGCUUCCAAGAAUCAACGAAACAAGCAGCGGCUAAGAAACUACAGGACUUGGAACAAAAGAUGAAGGAAAAGCAGGCGAAACAAAAAGAUGAGGAACGGGCGCAGUCUGGCGAACCCAAGAACUUGAUCAGUGUGCCGCCUGUACCUCUUCCUAUACCUGAAUGGGAAAGAGAGAAGGAGAAUCGAGAGCGAGAGAGUAGAGAACGAUCUCGCACCUCGUCCGAAGGGAAAGAUGAGAAAAUUAUUGCGUGUGUACGCGAUACUCGUGACAAUAGAGAGGGCAGAGAUCAAGGACUGACGGACUUUCGUCAAGGCGAUCGCGAUAGGCAGACUUUUUUACGACAACAAGACCCGGUUCGUAGCGAGCGCGAGAGGGAACGCGAUCGUGAUCGUGAACAAAGAGACUCAAGAGAUCGCGAGCAACCAGCGUUCUCUCGACACUUUCAAAAUAACUUGCCGCCAAGAUUUCAAAAACAGCAGGCCGAGAGAAGCAAUGCGAAUUUCAACCGAAUUUCACCAAAUGCGGAAAGACCUGCUUCCCAGGCUGUUCCGUUUUCCCAACAAUACGAUCCCGGAAGAUGGCUUCACAAUUACAAUUCAUUGACAGAUAGCGGUAUGAAGCAAUCCAUGCCGCAACGUCGUAAUAGAACUGAUUCGGAUGCAUCGGCACCAUUGGAUGAUGAACGACCUCCGUCCCGAGAUCAUCGCGGUAACGCACCGCCAUCGAGGGAAGAUCGUUAUCGACAUUCUUCGCAUCGGUCCUACGAUAGCCGCAAACCAGGUGGUUAUUAUGAUGAAUACAGCCGUAAUUUCAGAGACUACGAGUACGAUGAUAGGCAUCCUCGUGAUUCUUGGGAACGCGAAAGACAUUUUGACGACAAAGAGCGAGACCCGAAGGAGAAUUUGGACUCGAGAGAUAAUCGAGACAACCGAGAUGUCCGUGACAAUCGUGACAAUCGAGACGGUCGCGAUGUCAAAGAUUCUCGUCCUACUAGUCGUGAUGCUCGAGACUUAAGAGAUGCGCGCGACAAAGACAAGAAAGAUUACGAUAAUUUUUUAAAGGAUUCUUUCGAUGAGCGAGAACGGGAACAAAGGGAGCGUUCUGAGAACCCUGAAUGGCGUGAAGAACGCAACGUAGGUCAAGAUAGACAGCUCGAAAGUCGUCGCGACGUGUCGAAGGAAGAACGCAAUGAACGCCCGCAGAGACCGGACUCACGUGAUAGUCGUACUUCCAGAGAAUCGAAAACGUCUUUACGCGAUGACGAACUGCACAAAUUACGAGAUUGCAGUUCCUGGGUAAACGAAGUAUCAGAUUACGAGGAGAAAAAACGAGAGUUGUAUCACGAAGAGACUAGGGAAAGAGAAAGAGAUAGAGAUAGAAGACAGCCUCCCGGUCCAGUCACUAAAGAGAAAAUCGAAGCGGAUGAAUUGAAAAAUGAAAAACGUAGUUUGACUCAACUGAAGAGAGGUAGUUCUGAUCUUCAAGAGAAAAAAGAACAGCCGAAGGAUAGUGCUGUUGAGAUGAAAAAGGAUACGGAUGUGUGGAACAGAAAAACGGAACGUACUCCGGAAAGCAGACAGAUCGAGAGGGGUGAUAAUUCGCCGAAAGCGUGGGCUGACGCUAUAUCACCGACUUUUGAGAAGGAAGAAGAGAAGAUAGCAGAAGCUGCUAAAGAUGGCAAAGAAAGCGAUGAAAUUAAACAGAGCUCGUUGGAUAAGCCUGCUUUAGAAAAAAGAGAGGAAGCACUUACCGAGGACGCUAAAGAGCAAGCUAAGGAUGAAAAAAGAGAAAAGAGUACGCGCAACAGAACAAGCAGUAGUGGCUCCAGAAUCCGGGAAUCCCGUGGUGGACGUCAGUGGGGAGGAACUUUCAGCGUCUAUACUCGCGGUUGGCGUGGCCCGGAAUCUAGAGGACGACGAGGUGGACCACGAUCUACUGGUAAAUCCGGGAUGUCCGCCAAGAGCGGUUCAUAUGGGCACACUGAUUCCGAGAAUAGUGCUGACGAGAUAUCCGGCUCCACUGAGUCUGGAAAAGAGGAUAAGCGAUCGGCUCGUUCCCCGAAACCAUCUCAGAAGGUCGAGAAGGAGGAGCGCAAUCGCGAGGUGUCAAGACGAGAGGAUAAGCGUAGUACCGAGUAUUCUCAGACACGCAGCGAGAAAAGAACAUAUGAUGGUAAGCCUAGCCAUGAAGCUUUCGCGCCGUCAGGCGAACCGUCCCGUCGUGGCAGAGGUGGUUUCCGUAUCCGAAAUACGGCCACGGGCAAUCGUAUGGAAGGCUACGGACCACCAUCCAGUAAGAGUCCGUUUUCGUCGGAACGUAAUACAGAUGAAAAGCAUCAGCAAAAUGCUGGACGGCAAAAUCCACCGACCCCGACUCCAGAGAAAGAUGCAAGUCUCUUGCAAUCCACGCCAGUUGAGUCUACCGACGAUAAGAUAAUCGCGAAGCAACAGGCACUUACAGCGGGUAUCACAGGCAGACGCAAUAAGUCUCCGAGUCAGCAAGCUCAACAACCUGCUAACAAGCAAGACGCAAACCAUCCAACUCAAGUCUCCAACGUUUCGUCCCAAAAAGCGCAAAUGCGAAAGGAAGAGUCCCGUUCCAAGAGAACUCGUAGUGGAAGUAGGAGGGGAAGAGAUAACCGUGAAGCUCGUUCACGCGGCAGCAGUGGCAAUGUAUCAAAACAGCCACAGUCGGACGUAGGCAAUGAAGAUUGGGAAACUACAUCAGAGAACAGCGAGGAACAUAUAGAGGAUCACAAAGAGUCUCGUAACACACGCAAUAAGCAUUUUGGUGGACGAGCCAUUCAAUUAACGAGCCAAAAUGCCGCUAAUGUGCAUUCCCGUAGAAACGAGCAGUUGGCAAAUAGAGACCAACGUGAGAAAAAUUCCAAGUCUUCCAAUCCGGCGUCGCGAGCCCCGGGAGCAGAGAAACGAACUCUGCAGAAUGCCGGAUUUAGUGCUCAAAAGAAUCAUGCCGACAGUAUACCGCCUCUAAUGCAAAAUGCGCAAAUACAGAAUGGAAGGUCGAGAAGUCAAAGCUCGACUAACAGUGGCGCGGUUGCAAAUAAACCGAGUAAUAAAGAUAGCAUGGUUAAUCGUAUUGAUGAGAUCAAGUUAAGCGAUCCAAAUCUUGUUAAUCAAGCGCUGAACGAUCUCAAUAAGAAGUCCCAGACGAAAGACAAAAAACUAGUGGAUUCGGAAAUCGAAACAAAUAGCUGUACCGAGGACGCAACAAGUGUUACAGCGGAAGAUAAAGUAGAUGCUGACGGUUUUCAGGAAGUGCGUUCGAAGAAAAACGUGAAGGAAUCUCGACAUAAUCAGAAGGAGGAAGUGAAGCCCGUUAAGAGAGACAAAGAAAAAGAGCGUGAACGCGAUCGUUCGAAGUCAAAGUCGAAUGGAUCACAACAGGCUCUGCAGCAGGCACAAAAUAUACCUCCUCUACUUGGCCAGAAUAUCCCGCAGCCGGCGAACGUACCGCAGAAGCAGUACGACAAUCGAAAUACAAGAAAUCCAAGACUCGCGCCACGAUUCCAACGUCUAGUGAAGCAACAGCAGCAGCAAAUGUGCGCGACCGACGCAAGCGAUAUGAGCAAGCUGAAUAGCAACAACUACGCUAAAGACUCUACUAACAGUCCUGCUCCUCCACCAACGGUUAAUGCUUGGGACAAACCUUUCACAAGCCAAUUGCGUUCGAAUUCUCCGUCUGCAGUCUCCACAGACAUUCAACUGAUGUCUGGUUUGAUUCAAAAUGAUCAUAGUCAUGAAGGCAAUGAGAUUAAUUCUGGACACAGCAGCCAACGAAAUUCACCAAGUGGUGAGAAGACGGGGAAGAACCUGAAGGAAACUCUGACGGAAAAGAAUGUGUCCGACGUGUCUUCACCUCCCGUACAGACCUUGAUCUUCGAGAAUACGAAAUAUACAAAGAAUACAACUGGACCAACAGAUCUGGCCGUAAAAUCGAAGUUUUCGAAUCACAUGAAAUCACAACAACGAGCCGAAAAGCGUGCGGAAAUAGAAGAGGAAGGUAGCCAAAUCCAGCAACAUCAACAACCGACGCUCUCCGUUGCAUUUUCCAAUAAACCGAAUGACUUAAUCAAAGACAAAAAUCAAGAACCUAUUCAAAUGCCUUUAUCAUUCAAUAAAAACGAAGAUAAUUCCGACAUGAAAUUGGACUUUACUUUUGACUCUGAUCUUUCGCAAUUGACGGAUGAUAAGAGUAAAAGUUUAGGCAUGGCACGCUCCAUGCAUAUGACUGGUGGUCAGAGCACGAUAUCGCCGUCGACCGCGGAACUCAACCUUAAAAUCGCGUCUGUAAAAAAAGUCUGGGAGAAUGCACCACCAAUGCCGACCGUAGUCGAGCAUGAGGACGGUACCAGUGUGGUCAGUAGUGCGGCCAGCUUCCCGCAAGCGUUCGAAAGCGGCGACGUUGAGGACAGUUACAGCCCUCACCAACCCUCACCAUACAAUCAGAGCAAUAUAAAAAGCGAAAUCACAACGUCUACAAAUGUGUGCAAGCUGGUUCCCCCGCAGGUGAAGCCGCAGCAACAGUCUUCAGGGAGCAGUGGUACGCAACCAGGAUCUACCGUACCUGGGCCAAGUCCCAUUGGAGCUGGUCAGAGUCCCAUCGGCCAUCCUCCCGUUAGUCUUCAAGGUCCCUUAAGUCCACCUCCAUUUAAUUCUACAGGACAACCCUCGCAUAUUAAUUAUCAGGAAUUUCCGCAGUAUCCUGGUUCACAGGCAGCGCAAUACGGUGGCAUGUCGGCCAUACCGUCGCCACCAGCUGUGCUGUUCAACACAGGUUCAGGACAAUUACCAGCUCAAGCGGGCGGUUUAUAUGGAGCGUUUCAAUUAGAUCAGAGCCGAUCACCGUUUACGCAGUACGCGCCGUACGCUCCGUCUCUUCAGAGCUCGUUUAGCCAACAAAAUGUAUACUUGCAGCAACCGCCACCACCUCCACCUCAUGCGCCAAAUGCUCCAACACCAGAGAUGUAUCAGAACAAUUUAUCUCAAUACCGAAUUACUGCAGCAGCUGGUCCGCCAUUUGGACAAAAUCAACAGCUUAGUAAUAAUCCCAAUACGGUACUAAUCAGUUCGUCAUCAAAUUCUCUAAUGUCCGCGAGCGUCAAGCCAUCGUCUCAACCAAUUGGAGCAAUUGGAACUAAAGCUCCACAUUUCCAGAGCCCAUCUGCUCCUCAACCCAAUCAGUUGGCUUAUAUACCAUAUGAUCCAAAUCAAGUGCUCGGUGUUAGCGGUAGUUACAUGAGCAAUUCACAAUUAGUGCAGAGACCUGGUCCAAAUGUGCAAGCAUCCAACAGUUACUACAGCGCUACAUCCGCUGAUGUAUUUCCUGGCUCGCAGACAGGCUUCUACCAAUCCGGUGGUGCUACUCAACAAACUGGAACUCAUUAUGGUCUGCAAGGAUUUGGCCAACACAGUCAAAGUCUGGCAACGGGUAGCGCAACUCCUGUUGGUCUACAAAAUUAUGGCCCUAGCUUUCUAUCCAGUUCAGGAUUGCAAAUUGCUGCAGCAGCUCAACAAUUUCGUAAUCCCACUGGUGGUCUGCCAGGACCAGGAAAUGCAGCACCCACAUUUCUUAGUAAGCAUCAACCGCAGGAGCAACCCAGACAGUUAAAGAGUCCAUCGGGAAAUCAACAGGAUGUACUUGCAUCGGUCUUUAGUUCAACUCCACAAAUACCGUCGCCUAAAUCAAGAAAUUGCAAACAGCAAUCUUCGUCACAACAACCACAGCCAAGUCCUACACAACAUCACAAGUAUCAACAAUAUCAGGGCGUUAGUCAGUCUGCUCUGGUAAGCAGCUACAAUAACUACGUUUUACAACAGAAUGUACGUGGAAUGGGUAUGCCGCCUCGUGCUGGUAUCCAACCGUCGCAACAGCGUUAUCCACCCCCGAUACAACGUCCUGUAGUACCAUUUGCACCAGGCCCAAACCCAAAUAAUCCCACGCAACAACAGCCUGCUUGUAUGCCAACACAGCAACAGCAGCAAGCUCAAAUUAAUCGUCACAGACCGAAUUUACACCAGCAACAACAGCAACAACGUAACAUGAAGAUGCAACAGCAAUAUUAUUCACCACAAGGGAACGUUAAAAUGGAUUCCAAUGAUAAAUCUGAUAACCACAAUGACAAGAAUGAUGGUCCGUCUGGAACACAACCUGGGAGCAACAAGCCCAACGUAAAUCAACAAGAUAGUGAUAACAAUAAGGAAGAAGUGAACCAACAAAACGAGUGAACGUAAAUAAAAUUCGUGAGGGUGAACUUGUUCUUCCAUUUUAUGGAAAACACCUUUCUUUAAUUUGAUAACUAAACCUUUGAGAUAAUCUCGUCGGAAAAUAAGGGCAAAGACUAACGUGCUUUUCUAUUUCUUGAGGAAAAGAAGCACGCCAGUGUCACAAUGGAAUUCGUUUUGUCUACGAAAUCACGUGCUUAUAUAAUCGAUUAGCAGUUAAAUAGAUUAAAAAUCUGAGUUUCCUGCUGUAUCGAAAGAAAGAACUUGUAGAAAGGUAACAUUCUCAGUACACCUUUCCUGUUCUUUAGUUCUAACAGCGUAAACUUAUCGUCUUUGAGCAGUCGAAAAGACAUUUAUUAAGCAUUUCCAUAAUUAAUAUCGAAUAUACAUAAACAUAUUUAAGAAUGGCGACAAGUUAAUCAGCGCUGAUUGAUAUUGUUACAAAAAGCUUAAAAGAAGUGACACUUAAAUUAUCGUGUAAUGUUUGAAUACUUGACUCAACAAAAAAUAUGUGCCGUCGUCGAGUGGAAUGUUGGUCGAUUACAAAUGCGAGUUGCAUACAAAAAUGUAUCGUUAAGGAGUCACAUUCGUGAGGUUGUAUCUAUGGAAAGUGAGAUAAAAAAUUUACAUGGACUCUAUAUGUAUACAUUCAUAUAUAUCUCUCUCUGUACCCAGAUCAGGAUCAGCCUGCGGUAAACGAUACUGCAUGUCCUAGGACACACGACGCACGUUUUCUUGAUCACGUCAUAAAGAAAGAGAGAGAAAGGAAGAGAGCGCAAGUAACCACGAAAAGUUACAAUUAUUGCAAUUUCAUAUAUGUAGCAUGUUUGAAAGGACUGAAACAAGCGGCGGUAUAAAGUCCUCUGUUUAUCCGAACAAUAAGAAGCGGAAUCACUGAUUAGAAUGAUAUCCACGAGUCCGAUAUAAGCACGAUUAUGUCGCUCGUAUGUAUUGCGACAAGAAGAAACUCUAUGUAUAUUGGUCGUUUUGUCGAUGACGCAAGGUCAUGAUGAAGUUUGCGCGACGGAAAUAGGAAACUGUUGUUUAUAGGUAUCGCGUGAAUCAUCAUGAUCUGGCCUCAUUCGCGACGAGUUUCAAUCAUUAGGUAUAUAAGGUAUUGCUUGUGAAGCGUGAAAAGCCAUAUGAAUUAUAUCGAACCUUUUCACGCUUAGAAAGAUUAUGUUGGAUCAACCAAACCGCAAUCUAAACUACUAUCGCAACGUACGAAAAGGAUUGUAUAUUCUCUGCUUUCGUUGCAGUUAAAGCUUUGUUAUAAAGAUAAAGCCCAUGAAAAUAAAUAGUAGUAUUCACAGGAGUCCACCGUUGCCAGAUUUAUUUAGUAAAAAUAAAUGUGGCCAUGUGCCCGCAUUACGCCUCGAUUUUACGAAAGAAGUCUAGGCGCUGUUGAUAUGUUAAUUUUCAACAAAAAGAAAAAAACAUAAUAUACUGCCAGUCGUACUGACGACCACUUUGAACUCUGAGAAUUUUUCAUGUCGUACUCGUGAUGUCUGUGUGAAUAGUGAAGAAAAACAUAUGUAGAGGAAGAGAUACUCUUAACACGUAGGCUUGUUAAAAAAAAACACUUCAAUGAAUUUAGAGAAUAUCGAUUAGAAAAA